AUGGGGAGUUCUAAGUAUGAUAGAGAAGAAGAAGGUGAAGUUAGGGUUUCUAAAGUCAGAGAUAAGAGGAAUAGGGACGAUGAUGAUGAUGAUAGGAAGAGGAGAUCUCACAGAAAACAUGAUAGCAGUGAUGGCGAGGAAGGUCAAAUUAGGGUUUCUAAAGUAAGGUAUGAUGAUAAUAAGAGGACUAGUAGGGAUGAUGAUGAUGAUAGGAGGAGGAAAUCUCACAGAAAACAUGAUUCCAGUGAUGACGAUGAGGAGGGAAGAGGUGGUGCUGAUAAUGAUGUGGGAGAAGAUGUCAAGAAAUCGGAAGAAGAAGCGACUGAAGCAAGGAAAAUUGUGGAUUAUUCUGAUAUAGGAAAAGUGGGCAAGAGUGGAGGAAUAUACGUUCCACCGUUUAGGUUAGCUAGAAUGAUGAGAGAUGUGGAAGAUAAGAGUAGUCCUGAAUACCAGAGAUUGACAUGGGAUGCGUUGCGUAAAUCAAUCAAUGGGCUUGUGAAUAAAGUGAAUGCAAUGAAUAUUAAGAACAUUAUACCUGAAUUGUUUGCUGAGAAUCUUAUAAGAGGAAGAGGUUUGUUCUGUAGAUCAUGUAUGAAGUCUCAAAUGGCUUCUCCGGGUUUUGCUGAUGUUUUCGCAGCAUUGUCUGCUGUGGUCAAUACGAAAGUGGGUGAAUUGCUUUUGAAGAGGAUUGUGUUACAAUUGAAAAGAGCUUAUAAGAGGAAUGAUAAGCCGCAGUUACUUGCUGCCACCAAGUUUAUAGCACAUCUUGUUAACCAGCAAGUUGCUCAUGAGAUUAUUGCUUUGGAGCUUCUGACGGUAUUGCUAGAGAAUCCCACAGAUGACAGUGUUGAGGUUGCGGUCGGUUUUGUUACAGAGUGCGGUUCACUUCUUCAGGAUCUUACACCCAAGGGUCUCCAUGGUAUCUUUGAGCGGUUUCGUGGAAUACUUCAUGAAGGAGAGAUAGACAAAAGGGUCCAGUUUCUAAUUGAAGGCCUCUUUGCCAUCAGAAAAGCCAAAUUUCAGGGACACCCUGCGGUCAGGCCUGAGUUAGAUCUUGUGGAACAAGAAGACCAGCUUACUCAUGAAUUAUCCCUCGAGGAUACGAUGGAUCCAGAGACUUCUCUAGAUAUUUUCAAGGUGGAUCCAGAAUUUCUGGAGCAUGAGAAGCGCUAUGAAGAUCUGAAGCGCAACAUACUUGGUGAUGAUCAGUCAUCUGAAGAAGAAGGCUCUGAUGCACCCUCGGAUGGUGAGGAUGAUGAUGACUCUGACGAGGAAGAUGAGGACGAGGAGCAAAUGAAGAUACAGGAUGAAACCGAGACGAAUUUUGUGAAUCUAAGGAGGACAAUCUACCUCACUAUUAUGUCGAGUGUGGACUUUGAGGAAGCUGGACACAAACUACUAAAGAUUAAGCUUGAGCCAGGUCAAGAGAUGGAACUGUGCAUAAUGCUGUUGGAGUGUUGUAGUCAGGAGAGAACCUAUCUUCGGUAUUAUGGUCUCUUAGGGCAGCGUUUUUGCAUGAUCAACAGAAUCCAUCAGGAAAAUUUUGAGAAGUGUUUUGUCCAGCAGUAUUCUAUGAUUCAUAGGCUCGAAACCAAUAAGCUCCGUAACGUCGCCAAAUUCUUUGCACAUUUACUUGGUACAGAUGCUCUACCUUGGCAUGUGUUAGCUUAUAUUCGCUUGACAGAGGAGGAUACUACUUCAUCUUCACGUAUCUUCAUAAAAAUUCUGUUUCAGGAAUUGUCUGAGCACCUUGGUAUCAGGUUGCUGAAUGAGCGGCUUAUUGAUCCUGCUAUGCAGGACUCAUUUGAAUCGAUCUUCCCUAGGGAUAAUCCCAAAAACACUAGAUUUUCCAUUAACUUCUUUACGUCAAUAGGGCUUGGUGGAAUCACAGAGAACUUGCGUGAAUACUUGAAGAACAUGCCAAGGCUCAUUAUGCAGCAACAGAAAGAAGUUUCAGAAUCGGAAGGAGAAUCUUGGAGUUCAAGUUCUACUAGUGGCGAUAAUUCGAGUUCUGAAUCAGAAUCUGAAUCGUCAAGUUCAGAGAGUGAAAGGGAGAAGAGAAAACGGCGCAAUUCAGAGAGUGACAGGGAGAAGAGAAAACGCCGCAAGAGAUGAAGGAGGGAUGAAAGAAAUCCCAUGGCCUUUUUAGUCUGAAACCCUGACUCAUCAAGUUGUAAGAGGGAGAGGGAUGAGAAGCAAUGGUGCAAGGGACAUUUGAAAUAGUAUUUUUUGAUUUGCUGGGACCAGGUUUUACCUUGUAGUCUGUUACAGUGAGUUAACACUUCCAUGCCUUUUGCUACCCUUCUUAGUCUUGUUCUAGAAUUGUUAGUUGUUACUGUACAAUCCCUUGUGGUUAAUAAUCUGCUGCUUACACUUUGCGAACCUGUCUGAAGAAAACCCAUGUUUAGUUUUAAAGAGUAACAUGGAUCUGUUUCCACAUCGCAGAGAAGAAAGCUCAUAAUCGUCUGCUGUUUGAGUUUCUGAGAUGUUUACUUGGUGGUGUGACAGAUUCCAUGUAUAGAGCUUCGAUAAAGGUUGUAAGAGAAGCAGAGCUUGCUCUUGUGUUUAUUCUACACAUCUGGUUGGCAGAUUAUUUAGUAUUUUUCUUUGUACUUGUAAUUCUUGGAGCUUUUAUUUUACUUUUACCUACUGUUGAAACAAUUUUGUUGAAGAGCAGUUUUAAAUUU